AUGACAGCGGGACCCCGCGGCCGCCGCCGGCCCCGGUAGCGCCCCGGGCCGCGCCUCUCGCCCGGGACGGGCGGCCAGGACGCUGUCAUGCAGGACCCUACCCCGGAACGCGCCGAGGAGAGGUGGGCGGCUGCCUCGGCGGAGGGCGGCGGGGCCUUCUGUCUGCAGAGGGUGUUUGAGGAGGUGCGGGGCUCCUCGCAGCUGAGCGCGGCGCCCGCGGAGCCGCCGGCCGUGACGGUGGUGGCGGUGGAGCGGUACCUGGCGCAGGCGCCGCCCGCCGCCCCUCACCAGUACUGGUACGACGUGACGCUCGCGGACGGCGCGCGCCGGCACCGCUGCCACCUCGCCCCGCGCCUCAACGGGCUCGUGCAGCGCGCGCGGCUGCGGGCGGGCACGCGCCUCCGCCUCACGCGCUGCUCGUACCGCUACGACGAGAAGCGCCUGAACCGCGGCUUCCUCUGCCUGGAGGGGCUGGAGCGGGCGGCCGGCACCGCCGCCGCCUCCGCGGACGGCCCGCCCGACGGGCACCGCCCGCUCCAGCCCCUCCGCGGGGACAAUAGGCACUACCUGCCGCUCUGGAACAACGAGGAUCCCUAUGGAGACGUGUGGGUACCGGACAGGCCCCCGGUGCGGGUGGAUGUGGACGUCUCCAAACUGACUAAUCUUGGUCAUCUGGAAAUGACGUGGAGAAGCAGAGUGCAUUUCCAUCCACUUCUUGUGAGAAUCCUGCACAAAUCUAGACUAAGGUACUAUGGAAAACCAGAGAAAAAAAUGGAUAUGCCUUAUCAGGCUUACUUUGAAGUUGCUGAUGGCUCGGGCAUGAUGUCAAUGGUUUUGUGGAAUUCUCUGUGCCCUGAAUGGUAUCACAGUAUGAAGGUUGGCACAGUGCUCCUCCUUGCCAAGUACGCCAUCAAAACCAGUUACCCGUUUAAAACACACCCCACCCCAGGGGAUUCACAGAUGAAGAGAUUUGCUACAAUUGAAAUUAGCCUUAAUGUUCGAGAUCCUCCUACUGAAAUAAGUAUUAUUCCAGAAGAAAUGGUUAAGCCAGAAUGGGGAUUACCUGAAGUUAAAUAUAGGUUUAUCACAAGAUCAGAACUGGAUGACUUACCGCACAAUCAUUCCUGUGAUGUUAUUGGUCUUGUGACGUUUGUAGGAAGGGCUGAGCGAGCCAGAAAAAGAGAACACAGUGAAGACUUCUGGCUCUAUCGUUGGGCACAUGCCAUUGAUGGGACCUCAGACCAACCGUUCAUACUGGAAUUGUUUGCAACUUCUCAGCCAGAUGUGUUUGAGCGUCUUCAUCCAAUGACAUACUUGGUGUGUACACAGAUGAGAGUGAUCCAGGGCCUUACUGAGAAUCCUUCCAGGACAGUUUACCUUACAACUUCAAAUGAAAGUCAAAUAUUCAUUACAGGGUGGCACAAAGGGCAGCCAUACACCAAGGAUGCCAAAGUGAAAAACUUCAUUCAGUGGAUGAAAUCACAAAGUGAAGCUGAUCAAAUAAAGAAAGCUGUCAUCGGUGGCUAUUACCCUUUUCCACGACCUCCCGAUAGCUUUUUGAAAUAUUGUAAAAGCAAUGAAGUUGAAUCAAUUUUGAAACCCUUAGGUGAAAUAGGGAAGGAGAUUGAAGACCUGCACUACAGGGAGCACAAAAGAAUUGCUGUUCAGGGAAUAAUUAGUGCCAUAAGAUGCAUCAGCUGUAGUGAUGCAGCUGAAGAAGCCCCAGGAGAGGAACUCGUCCAGAAAGAUACUUGUCAGUCUCAUGGAAGUUCUUCUGUGUCCGAAGAAGACUGUGUUGACAAGGGAAAAAAUGAAGAAGUUAUGUUUUUUCUGGGGCCACCCUGCACUCCUGAGGAUCAUCAACACCAAGCUCUGCUGUCAACAGGGAGUUCAGUCAAGAGACAGACAACAUGCAGAUUCAGAAGAGAUGCAGAACAGGGAGGUACAUCUGUUAGUCCUGUAUCAUCUUACCCCUAUUUUACACGGACUGUAAGAAGAAAACUUGGCUUAGAUGAAUAUCAACAUGGAUAUUCUGUGCAAGAUAAAAAUGGACAGUCUGUGUCAGACAGUUUGCAGCACUGCACAGAUCAAGAGGAAGUGAGCAAUACACCUGAAACUGAAGAGACUGGAAGAACUUGUGAUUCCUGGCAGAGUGACCUGUGGGCGCAAGUGAAAGACAAGUUAAUGAAUUAUUUUCAUCACAGCAAAAUUUUCCCAGAAAGUAUCCCAUGUAAAUUUGAUUACGUGCACAAAGACUUACUUAUGCAACAGUACAACCUUCAUGCAGCAGUGCACCAGCCAGUAGAAGCCAGGACAGAUAAAAACAUCAAUGAGUUUAAAAGUGCUAAUGGCCUUGGGUAUUACGAAGUGACAGUUCUGGGUAUAAAUCAUGACAUAGCAAUAGAUGUUGCUUUUCUUCCGCUGUUUUGCCCUGACAAUCCCCACUUAUUUCAACUAGAAGACAUUCAGAAUGAUACAUUAUUGUCUUGUAUGAGUAGUAUCUCUGCAUGCCAUCAGAAGGCCACCAGCAGUGGGAGGCUUCAUGACAUGUUUCCUCUUUCAGACGAAAUUGUAAAAGCAGCGAAGGAGCUCGAUGGCAAGCAUGUUAUCUGCAUCUUGGACAUCUGUCACUUGGGUGAUGAUAAGGUGGAAGUCUUUCUGAGCAAAAUCUACAAGACAGUGGAACCAGGUGUGCUGGAUCCAGUGUAAUUUAAUAACUUAAUUUUCAAAUGUAUAUUGUUCAAAAGGAGGGAAAUAAAAUUGCUGUAACUUGAAUUGCACCCUCUACACAUUGCACUUUUCUAGAACUAGCGGACACAAAUAUAAAAUCAUGAUUCUUAGGGCAGUUGUAAUGGUCAUGCUUGUAACUGGGAUGGACAAUUGUUGCCUUUAUUUUUCAGUCUUGAAACAGAUUAGACAAUGUCUUGGUUGCUUAUGUUCAAGAAGGAUGAAUAAAGCAGUACAGUGAGCUGAUCAUUUGGCAGGAUACAAAGGAGUAAAAGUAGUUGUCAGCUGUCUUUCUUUGCCCGUACACAGACAUACACAGGAAAUGUAUAUAUCUGGGUGAGAACUGAGAAGAGAGACAAGCUUUCCUAAUAUUUAAGGCUGUGUUUGCAAAAUAAUUAAUGAGCUGUGAUAAAAAUUCAGGCUGGAAAUUAGAAUAAUUUUGAGAAUUAGAAUUUUGAUGUUCUGUAGUGAUGUUUUUAGUGAAAGCUACUAGAGGCAGCCUAACUGCUCUUUAGGCUUGAAGCUUACUGUGAAAGGGAUUAAAUACCAUGGUGCCUUUAGUACUAUGAUCCAGGAACCCACUUUCAAUUCUUUUCACCUGAGCAAGG